AUGAAGGUCACCUAUAUUGUAGCACUCGGCGUGCUUGCCGCCUUGAUCGUGCGCCUGUUGAUGAUCGGGAGGCGACCCAAGAACUAUCCUCCUGGGCCUCCGACAUUACCUAUCCUCGGAAACAUCCAUCAGUUGGCCACUAGAGAUUCCCAUCUUCAGUUUGAGAAGUGGGCGCGCGAAUAUGGCCCGGUUUACAGCCUCAUGCUAGGCACCAAGACCCUGGUUGUGCUCUCGAGCGACAAGGCCGUCAAAGACUUGAUGGACAAACGAAGCGGCAAAUACUCCCACAGACAAGAGAUGUACAUUGGCCAGACCCUAUGCAGUGGUGAUCUCCGAGUGUUGAUGAUGGGAUACGGCCCACGAUGGCGUGCAGCCCGGAAGAUGAUUCACGGACUCCUCAACGUCUCGGCUGCCAAGUCCUACGUGCCCUACCAAGUCCUCGAAAACAAGCAGAUGCUUUACGAGAUGCUCGUCGACCCCGACCACUUCUUGUAUCACAUUCGCCGGUACUCCAACGCCCUGACCACGACCAUGGUCUUCGGAUGGCGGACCCCCACCUACGAGGACGACAAGAUGAAGCAGCUCUUCGACGGCUUCUCCGAGUUUGCCGAACUCAACCAGACCGGCACGGCAGCGCUCAUCGACUUCUUCCCCUGGCUCCGCUUCCUGCCCGACUUCCUCAUCCCCGUGCGCCAAAAGGCCAAGGACCUCCACCGGAAGGAAAAGGCCCUGUACCUCAGCCACUGGCUCAAGGUGAAGGAGGAGAUCAACAACGGCACGGCCAAGCCCUGCUUCUGCGAGGAGAUGGCGGCCGCGCAAAAGGCCGAGGGCUCCUUCGACGACGACCAGGCCGCCUACGUCUCCGGCACCCUGCUGGAGGCCGGCUCCGACACCACCUCCAGCACGCUGUACGCCUUCGUCCAGGCCAUGCUGCUGUACCCGGAAGUGCAGCAGAAGGCCUUCGAGGAGAUCGACCGCGUGGUCGGCCGCGACCGCAUGCCCACCAUGGAAGACGACUGCGACCUGCCCUACAUCCGCGCCUGCAUGAAGGAGACGCUGCGCUGGAUGCCGACCACCAUCCUGGGCGCCGUGCCCCACGCCGUCACCCACGACGACUACUACGAGGGGUACCUGAUCCCCAAGAACGCCGGCGUCAUGAACAACGUCUGGGCCAUCCACAUGGACCCCAACCGCCACCCGGACCCGCGCCGCUUCGACCCGGAGAGGUACGUCAACGACCACCAGAGCCUGGGCGACGCCGCCGCGAACCCGGACGCCAGCAAGCGCGACCAGUUCACUUUCGGUGCGGGCCGCCGCAUCUGCCCGGGCAUCCACGUCGCCGAGCGGAGUCUGUUCCUCGGCAUGUCGCGGAUCCUGUGGGCCUUCCAGAUCGAGCCCAAGGUCGGCGCCGACGGGAAGCCCAUCCUCCCGGACCCGGACAGGCUGACGCAGGGGUUCGUGUGCAUGCCGGAGGAGUUCCCGGCCCAGAUCACGCCGAGGAACCAGGCCAAGGCGGAUACGGUGGUGCGGGAGUGGCACGAGGCCGAGAAGGAGUGUUUGGAUCCGGUGACGAAGCAGUGGCGCGUGUCGCCUGUGCCUUCCAGGGUUAAUGGAAAGAUAUAA